AUGAAGGAUGAUUCAUUAUUCUCACGGUUCAUUAUUGGCGUGACCGGACAGAUGAAGGAGCUAAUAUCGGUGGAUUCCAAACAACAGUGGAUCUUGGUCUUGGCCCAGCCACUGCCACCGUGCGACGUGUAUGCGCUUUGUGGGGCAUAUGACAGCUGCACCAACCCGUCAAUGCCAGUGACGCGUACUGCAACUGUUUCAAGGGGUUCAACCAGAAGGUUUCAGAGUGACUGGAGGAUUACAGUGACGUGCCGCCGAGACAAAACUCUUCGGAUAUCCGAGAAUGCUGGGGCUGCACCGACUGAAUUCAGGUAUAAUGAUCUGUUGGAUGAUAUUCAAAGCAUUGAUUCACUUCUUCUCGAUCUGUCAACACUAAGAGCGGCGACAAAUGACUUUGGCGAAGGAAAUAUGCUUGGUAAAGGAGGUUUUGGGAUGGUUCAUAAGGGAGUCCUCCCUGACGGUAAACAAAUAGCAGUAAAAAGACUAUGUCAGAGUUCCAGACAAGGAAUAGGGGAACUAAAAAGCGAACAUGUCCUGGUCUCUAAGCUUCGCCACAGGAAUCUUGGGAGCCUCAUUGGUGUUUGUUUGGAAGAACAAGAGAAAAUACUUGUGUAUGAAUUUAUGCCCAACAGAAGCCUUGACACCAUUCUUUUCGAUUCUGAGAAACACAAAGACCUAGAUUUGGGAAGGAGAUUCAAGAUUAUCAGUGGGGUUGCUAGGGGACUGCAGUAUCUCCAUGAAGAUUCUCAACUGAAGAUAGUUCACCGUGACCUGAAAGCGAGCAAUAUUCUAUUGGACCUCGAUUACAACCCUAAGAUUUCUGACUUUGGCUUAGCGAAGGUAUUUGGAGGGGAUCAAUCAGAAGAUGUCACUAGGCACAUCGCUGGGACAUACGGAUACAUGUCUCCUGAAUAUGCCAUGCAUGGUCAAUAUUCGGCAAAGUCGGACGCAUUCAGCUUCGGUGUUUUGGUUUUGGAGAUCAUCAUGGGAAGAAGAAACAAUGGCUCCUGCAACUCCGAGCAACAUAUGUCUAUCUUAUCUACUGCAGGUAAGCACUGGACAAUGGGAAAUGUCAUUGAGUUGAUCGAUCCAUCCCUUAGCGACCAUCCUUCUCACGUUGACCAGGUGCUGAAGUGCAUCCAAAUCGGGUUGAUGUGCAUGCAGAACAGACCUGAAGAUAGGCCUACGAUGUCGUCGGUGAAUGUCAUGCUUAGCAGCCAGAGUGCUCGCCUCCCUUCUGUUUCCAUGCCAGCCUUCUAUGAGGGAUUGAGUGGACGCGGUGAUAAUAAUUCAGAAGCGGCGUCCUCAAAUGGAAUGACCAUCACAAAGCUCGAGCCAAGAUGA